AUGCGCACUGGGGGCGGCCGUGCGUCAGACCGAGGCUCCAGUCUGCGCAGCUGUGUCUCUGUGGUUCAUGUUUUCGAGAACAACCCGAGGCUCGUGAAACUUCACAACUAUCACUGCUGCGGAGAUCUGGGCUGUUCAACUUCUCAGAAAAACCCAGUGGAGUUUUUUUUAUUCAAGGGACAUAUCACCGAGUCGAAAAUGGCCUCUCUCUGUGGCGGUCUGUCCCACUGUAAACUGGCCCUGGCCUUCGCCAUCACCAUGGAUUUAUUGGGAGGAGCCGCUCUGCUCACGGGGGUCUUUGCUCCGCUGGAGAUCAGAGGGAAGGACUUUGGAGACCUGCUGGUUUACACUGGAGCCCUGUUUGUGGUGAUGUCUCUGGGCGGAUGGGUCAUGUGGUACAGUGGGAACAUCAAGGGCCUCAGCUCCAAGAAGGAGCCGGGACACAUCGGCAGCACGGUCGACCGCCUCGCCAGGAACCUCAGCCGCAAAAUGCGCACCUACAGAAGCCACCACUGA